AUGACACAGAGCUCCCAAGUGCGAUAUUUAUCGAUUAUAAUCCCGACAUGCGUCAAUUGCUUCUCUAAAGAGCGUCAGGCUAAAUUUGUCCAGGCCGUCAAACCUACAACUGCUGCUUUGGUCAUGCAUAAUGAUCUGAAAUCAAGAAAUUUAAUGGUCGCUCCUGGAGAAAGGGUGGUAUUCACUGUAACUGCUGAGGAGCAAGAAUGGCUUCGGCAAGAUGUACAGAUUGCACAAGAUCUUGGGCAUCUGCUCGUAGGUCUCACUUGCCAGGGAAAUGUCACUAUAGACACGACACGCAGUCCCCAAAAAUGA